UGUCAGUCAAACCACGGAAUACGGAAACCAGUGUUCUGUUUCUCAACGAAGUGGUUUUUAUCUGUUUCUCAUCAAGUUUUUUACUAAGGAAACUUAGUUUUCUCUACUCCGUGGUCAAACUAAUCUCAUCUCAUGGUCUUUCCUACGUUUCUGUUUUUUAACACUUAUCUGUGCACUUCUCAAAAUUACACUAUUUAUUGUAUGUUUUCUUCGUUUUUGUUCGUACUGUACUUCAAGUUUGAACACGAUUGAAUGUCUCAAACAUUUUUUCAUAGUGAUUCUGUUUUUGAAAAAUAGAUUGAAUGGUAUGGUAAUAUGAAAAAGGUUCUUCAUUUAAAACAUGGAGAAUGCAUUGGAAAGUAUUCACAUUUUAUUGACAACAACUGAUAUUUUAUCUGCAGAUAUUACUUAUUUGAAAAUACUUCUGGAAAGGAUUGAAGAAAUUUUGAAGUCAUCGGACAAACAUUCUUUAGAAAUCAAUAUUGCCAUAGUGUUUGGACAUGAUGAUGAGGAUGUUGAAGAGAAGAAUAUAAUUUCUUUCAUCAAAACAUGUUCAAAUGCAAGGACUAACUUUGUUCCAGAGUUCCUCAAAUUUAUAGAAAAUCUGUGUCUACUGUAUCCAGAAAUACUCAUCAAUUUUGUGGAAAAAAUUAUUGAUAUUUCGAAGCAGUGUGCACUAUCUGUAUCUGUGAAAAAUACUUGCUCGGAUGUGCCAGAGCGGGCAAAUUUACUAUUAAAAACAACGGUUGAAACAUUCCAUGGAUCUGGUUACAAUUUUUCAAGUAUUUAUGAUGAAAUUGUCAGGAAACAGAUUGAAUUGGACUGUAUCAAAAGGCCUAAAGUUUAUCUUGCUGUCUUCAAAUUGGUUGGUGUUCUAUCUCACUUCUGUCCAGAUUCUAUUCAACCAUACAAAUGCAAUUUGUUACAAGAAGCUCAAAAUAAUUUGGCAGUUGAGGGUAGAAAGCAGGAGGAUAAACGAGCGUACCUGGUGGUUGAAGGGAGUUUUGAAGCGAUCAAUGGAUUGCUGUUGCUGUUCAGGCCGGAUGAGUUGCAGACGCCUGAGUUGUCUCCAGUACUCUCCAACAUCUACAACAGCAUCAAGUGGGUCAUUGAUGCCGACUUCCGUCAUCGUCACUCAGCUCAUAGAGUGGCGCUAUCAAUAAUUGAAAAUCACUCUGGAAUGAUUUCACACCUGAUAUUGAAAGAAUAUGUCUAUUGGCAUAAAGUGCUGCUGAAGUGGAUCGAUCAUAAGAAUAAAGACGAUAAGGACAUAAGUUUGCGUGCGCAGAAAGCUUACUUACGCCAAAUAGCCAAGCUACUCACCAGUGAACAGGUGGAGCAUGAAGAGAGAAAGAAAAUGAUAGAGUUUUUCUUCACUUAUUUAAGGGACAAAAUAUCGGAAGAGAAUAAUGCUAGCAACGUAGUAGCUGCAAUUGAGGGCAUCGGACUAUUCGCUCCAGCUAUCCUAAUUAUUCUCGAUUCUUCAAAAAUCGAAAAAUUAUUCGAAGACUUGGUUCAGAGAAUAGACAGUACAUUUCCCCAGAAUGACUCGUUGUCAAGCAUAGUGUACCUGUCAGAGUACGUGGGAGCAUUGGCUGCAGUGGGCAGCAUUCUGAGCGGGAAUCUGAAGCAACAUCAGCUGGAGAGUGUGGAGCGCAUAGCAGUCAAACUGAUGGCGGCCUGCAACACGCUGACAGGUGACAAGCUGGAAGCCGCAGUGGCCAGUGUAGCCGCCUGUUGUGUCACAGCCUUCAAGGCCGGCGGAAAAGUCGGACUCGAGGCUUUCGUUCAUGUCAUUGUAUACCAAGGAAUUAUAAAGGCUUGCUGUCAACAACCGUUCGUAAAACAGCUCACAAAAAUGGAUUUUGAGGAAACAACAAGUUUUAAAGUUGUCGUUGAAGAAUAUCUGCCAUUUUGGGAGAAGUUGCUUUCCAUUCAUAAAAAUGAGAAGAUUGGAGAUGAAGGCACGGUAAGAACAAAGGAGACAAUCGUGGAACUCGUGUAUGAAGCUGUUAUUGAAUCAAUUGUGAAAAUUAUAAACAAUUUGGAUGUAAACUUUGAAGACAGUAAUUUCAAUGAUGCGAAUACUGAUCCCAGCUCUGACGUGAAGGCGAACAAUGAUGCAGAUAUGGCAAUUGUAAUGAACCUGGAGUUUCUAUUCAGCAAGCUACUCCCAAAAAUUGAGAUCCGUCUACAUGAGAAGUACAUUUCAUUGCUGUUAAGAAAUCUCACUACAGUUUCAACGCAUAACCCUCGGCUUCCUUCUUAUUAUAAGUUGCUUGCAACUGUACUUAGUAUUGCUGAAAAAUUGGGAUUCUUCGAGCCGGAUAAUAAUUUUGAGGACAGUGAUUUGUGCCAAAAAGAGAUAAAUUACUACAUUGGAGAUCUGCUAGUCAAUCUGCAUCACUACCACAAAGACGUGCAAGAGUCGUGUCUUCGAGUGAUCACGUCAUCAUCAGUCGAACUGAUUGCGUCACACCUCCAACAACUUCCGGCUGCCUUCAAAGUAUUGUUCCAUAUUGGGAGAAGUGAUCUGGAGCUUUCAAGCAUGGGUGUGAGCGCGCUAGACCGUUGGAUGAGCAGACUGAGCCGUGAAGAUUUGAAACAGUUUUUCCAACAAGUGAUACCAUACUUGUAUCCGUUCCUCGACAACAGAAUUGUGAAGUGGGCCCUACUGCCCGCCGAGCUGCUGGAGUAUGCACAGUCGACGUCUAGCCGCAACCGCAACCAAUCGAAGCGACGCCGUCUGGUGGAAGCAGCCCGCAAGGAGAGCAGCCUGGCAGAGACGCAGCUGAGUCGCUUGCAGCAGUCCAUCCUGGCGCUGCUUGGCCGCCUAGACUUGCAGUCGAUGCUCGCUGCAUUGCUCGCCAAUCACCACAGCACCGAUCUCACCACCGCCUGGGUCAGGCGACCUGUCGUCUUCUGGCAGCUCCACUUCCAACAAGUGCAUGUUGUCCUGCAUCUAGAUGUAUUUGCGCCAAGAGCUAUGGAAGUAGCUCUACAUUCGAGUGACCCAGCCAACAAAGACGCCUCUUUCGAGCUGCUUCAUGCGAUUUUCACCCUUUUUCUCGCCAAUACAAUGAAUCUGACCGAACAAGAGACAACAGACGAUCACAAGCAGUUCCUGAGAAAGAUGCUGCAAGGCAUGUUCAGAUUGGGGUGUCGCAGUUGUGACCCGGUGGGCAGGGACAUAUUCAGCAACCUCUUACGGCAGACGAGCCACUGGUAUGCCAGAAACUACUGCUACGACAAAAAGUUUGCCGAGAUAUUUGUGGAUUCCCUGCUGGACGCUCUAACCUGUCCAACGGACAUUGAAGUGAGAGAAUUCGCGGCCGAAUGUCUGCACGAGUACGUUUCGUGGACGUUGAGACCGAGCGACGAGGGCGCGAACCAAGUGGAGAAGUCCAGCAACAAGAUCGACUACAUUCUGUCGCGAAUGAGCGGUUACUGCGACCACCCGUGUCCGUUCAAGCGACAAGGCGCCGCCAUGGGGUUCAACCGGAUCUACGCCGAUCUACGCGAACAGCUCACUUCCGUCGUCGACGUUUUCUGGUUGCAACUGUUCUGUUCGUUUGUAAAGAGCCUGCUACUGCCGCACCCCAGCCGCGAGGUGUUUGCCGCUUUGGAUCACGUGACUCGCGUCAUGGUUGAGCGGCCGCAACCCUUCAAUGUUCCCAAUGAGCGACGCAAAAAACCGCCUGAGCUUGAGAGAGCGUUGUUGAAAGAUGCGGUCUCCUGGCUGUUGGGCAAAUGUAAUACAAGCGACGAAAGAUGUCGUCACAAGUGUAUGGAUUUGGUCGGCAAGCUCGCUAGUAAAGUGCAAGGUAUCAAUAGUGUCAUCGACCUCAUUGAAGUUGGAAACAUUGAUAUACUGAAAAUGUGCGAGGUAGAAACGCAGACGUCAGAAAUCAGUACCAUGAGUGACUUGCUGCAGUGGAUCGAUCGCCUCAGUGCAUCGGUUCAUAUGUUCAAAUGGUUGAAGGAAAGCAAAUUCGAUGUAGUAUCUGCUAUCCUCAGUCAAAAUAGUAGGUUUUUAGAGCAUGUGAACUUCUACAUAAGCAAAAUCAGUUCGUGCUCGGCGGGCAGCAUAGAUUGGUUGUGUGAGGAAAGCUGCCCGUUCUGCCCGCCUCUGUCCUCCAUUGACGCCUAUGACAGAGCCAGGUGUCGUCUCACUCUCAACCUGCUGUCGUUUCUAGCUAGUCUGCAGCAACAUAUCACUACUUUGUCCGAUUUCUUCCAAAGUGAUUUUUGGCAUUGGCUUUCCAGAUGCCUGGUUAGUCCGGCGUUGAUUGGCUUCACGACCGUAUCGCAAACUCAACUCAGCACUCUGAGAAGCAGCCUGUCACUACUGCUGACAGAAUUGCAACAGAAUCUCGGCAGUGAAACCUUGAAACACAACUUUGUGCGUCUAGUUAUCAAAAAUUUGCAAGAAAACGAAGGCAGUCGAUUGGCGACGGGUCUCACCGACCUCAUAAAAAGCAACUCAAUUUCCGUCAAACUCAAUUGCCUCAAUUCACUCAUUAUUCUCAAGCAAAUCAAUUUACUCGAUGCAGACGAUCAGAGCCUAAUAAGAGACGAAACUUUAUGGAGCUGUGACAAACUAAUAGAAGCGGUGGCCAAUUGUCUAGUAGAAGAGGACAAAGCAGUGAAACGAGACAAGUCGCAAACAUUGUAUCUCGAACUACUUUUGGAUUUCGCGUUUUUGUUACAAUACGAAAACACUUCUAAACUAAUCGAAUGCAUGUGUAAUGAUGAUUUACUCAAAUAUGAAGAUGAAGACAAAAAUGUUACGAAGGGACAGCACUUGACAAAUACCUUCAAUGAGAAGAUUUUCGCUCAUCUUUGCAAGUUUCCUACUGAAAGUGUGGAGCAGCUAUUGCAACGGUUUCCUGGAAACUUUGUGCUCAUUUCAAAGUAUCUGUGCACGUUAUUGGAUAGGUCCAGGAAUUGCGAGGAUAGAACCAAAUUACAUAUAGCUGCAUUGAUAGAAAACACUUUUCCAAGAGAGCCUCAUGAUGAAAUGGAUUCUGCUAUCAAACUCAUCUACUCAAUUCGUAACUUUCUACCUGGUCACAAUAUAAGAAGGUCGGGCUUGAAUAAUAUUUUCAACUUUGUUUCGAAUGGACUGAAGUAUGGCCACAGCAGUCAACGUCCGCGCAUCCUGAAAACUCUUCUUCAGGUCGGCAUCGAUAGCACACAUGGUUCAACAAGCAACGAAAAAGAUUCAGUUCUUAGGGGAUUGCUGAGAAAAUUUAUGAAUGAUUUCCCGACUUCGUCCAAAGAAUGGGGAACCCACAGCCAUUGGUACAAGGAGGUGUUCAACAUUCUAUUGGAAAUGAUAGAACGCACUGGUAGUAGGGACCUAGUGAUGAGUGUCACUAACGCCUUGGCUGACGAUCCAGCACAUCCAUUCAGGGAAAAAUUCAAAACAAUUCUUGGCCGAUCGUCGUACUUUUUCAAAGGCAACAGUUUGCUCAUACUCGAUGAGCUCUACGAAACUGUAGUCAGCAAAAAAACUUUAUUUCUACAGAAACCUGACAUUCCUGUCAAGCUAGUUCAAGAUUUUAUGUUGCCGAUCAUUCAGUCGACAUCCAUCAAAGUGGCGGAGGAAUUCUUUCUAAAGCGUAUUAAAGAAAUUGUUGUCUUAUUGAAAGACGAGGCUAAAUUUGAUUCUUGGGAUAACAUGAAACGCUUGAUACCUACCAGAGCAGCUUCUAUGCUUCUUAUUGGUGCUCUUUUCAGUAAAUUUCCAUCAUCAGAUUUGACAUCCAAAACAAAUCCUAUUGUACUAAAAUCUGAAGAAUUUGAUAAGAAUGGUGCUGUGCUUCUGAGAACCUGUACGACAAGAGUGCUAGCUUAUUUAGGAGAUGAGCUGAACGAAGAAGCUAAAGAGGAGAUCAGGGAUCACUAUGAGCUCUACCUGAGCUACAAACAGAUAGCUUUCAACACGCUCAUCAUUCUUGUAUCAAAUACUAAAAGAGAUUUCAACGCAUUGCAGUUUUAUGGACUUAUAUUCAAGAAUAUCAAGUUCAUCAUGCCUAGAGAGUUGAUUUCGAUAUCCAACAUGGUCUUUGAUGAGAUACCAAAGAGGAAACAAGCUUUGAUUGGAAUCCGGCGAGCAGUGAGAGCUGAGAAACGCAAACGCCGCUCUUCCGCUUCAAGCAUGGAAAGUUACCAGCUAUUCACACAGAGCUUGGGAAAUUCAACAUUCGCUGAAGAUGUUUAUAAAUACGACCUUUCCAAUGUUAUUUUGAGGGAACAAGAACCCGUAUUACAUGAGGAUGAGGAUACCGAUCAGAUGGUAGUUGAAUUGGAAGCCGAUAAUUUGAACAGCCAUCCUUGUAUGCCCGCCUUAUGUGGCACUAUUAUGAAUCUGCAUAAGAUCACUACUCAUGCGAAUCCUACCACAAGUGAUGAUGUUUCCAAGACUGAAGAAAAACCUCCAAUUUGGAUAACAUUUAUUUCGAGCGCACUGAAAUCGUCGUCAACCAAGUCCAACGAAGAAGUGAACGCCAAAUUGUUUCUCAUUAAACUGCUGCACAACUGCAAUGAAACCGACGUCAACAUUUUCAGUCCCUAUGCAAAGCACCUUCUGCCGGCAAUUGUCAACUUCAUCAUCGAAAAUAAAGUCAGGUGCUUUGCCAAUAAAAUGAAUUAUAUGAUUGGUGAUGUUCUUGGCAUGCUUACAUCGUGGUCUUCAGUAGUUACACCAAAUAGCAAUGAAAUCUAUCAGCUACUAAGUUUUAUGUUUGAGAAAACGCCGGACGAUCGCAAGGAUGUCAUGAAACUCAACAUUGAAACAGUGAAGACUGUGAUCUCGUCUUGGAAGGAUAAUAUCUCGAUUAUCCCGCAUGAGACAAUAUUGGAUUUCUUGUCUGACACGAAUUCUAGAUCGAAAUUACAGUCGAGCCUUGAAUUUAUUGGCUGUCUCCUGAAUUACAAUAUAAAACCGUACGCAGAAGAAAACUUGGAUAGGUUCUAUAAAGCUCUUGAAAAGAAUGUAUUCUCCAAGGAUGGAGUCAUUAGGAAAAACUCUGCUGAAAUUCUUGGGAUGCUAUACAGAUUUUUGUCUAACGAUGGUGACAGUUCAAUUGAGACAAGAUUCGAUUUGGAGAACCUAACCAAAAACGUAUUACUUCAUGCACGCAAUAAAGAUGUCAACACUGGUGGACUCUCAAACAUGAUUUUAUUCACUUCUCUUAUGAAGAACCAUUAUCCACAGAUAGUUACAUAUUUUGUCAAAGACAUAGUAUCACUUAUAUCAACGGUGCACGGCAGUCCACAACAGCAUGUGUUAGACAUUGUCAAUACUGCUUUGCAACUGGCUAAGGAUGAUGAAUCACUUUAUCCAUGGGAGUUGUAUCUGGAUGUGAAAUGCCAGCUGCUCAAUGUAUUCAGACUGGGAGACGUUGACAAUCAGGAAACAGCCCUAAGAGUGGUAACAACUUUGCGUUGUUUUCUGAACGAUAUCAACGUGUUUCGAUUGCUGCAGGAAGUUGUCAAACACUUCAGCAAUCACUCUAGCCUCAAGUGUCGCAAAGCUUACUAUGAUGUACUCAUCAACGUCUACGAAUACUAUCAGACCAAGGAACUAUCUUCAACCGGAUCUGAAAAUCUAUCUGCACAAGAAUUGACAACAAAAGAGCUGGUCACAAAUGCGCUAGUGGCUGGUUUGGAUGACCCAAACAAUGAACUUGGCAGCAAGGUGUUUGAGUUUUGGAACAAACAAGACCGGCUGAGCACUGACCUGCUGAGUCGUCUCAAGGAUCUGUUCCAGAUGCUCUACUCGCCACAAAUGGAGUCCAGCUUUCUGUCCUUGUUUCUCCAAUUGCUGCUGCAUGUGUGUCAGUUGAACCCAGCCUAUCAUAGCUGCAUCUUUCCGGAUCGUGCUGCCAAUCAUUCCGAGUCUGAGAUUUUGGAUCUAAAGUUGUCUCGUGCAAAAGAGAGGGAUAGAUUGUUUAGACUGUCUGCUAUUGUAGAUGGUGCCCCGAUACCGAUAGUGGGAUCCACUUCUCUGCACAGUUUUGCAGUGGAAACAACAGUGACGCCACAGAAGCGCCCGUAUUCGGGAGCCGAUUCCGGUGAUGAGGACGACGGUGACUUCAAGGUGCCAGUCUACAAGGCACGCCGCCUGCAGAGUGACAAGCAGAAGAUCAGCCAGAGUGCCGCCUACAUGAACCAGCAGCGCAACCUCAGCAUGGCCAGCCAACUCAGCCAGCAGAAGGCCAACAUCCACAGUCAGGUGCAUCUUACCAGGCCUUACACCAACAAUGAUCUGCCUGACCGAUCACUCACCAACGAGAAUGUACUCGUUUGUCUACUCAAAUUUGCCAAGAAAGACAUGCCAAUAGCUAGUCAACUGUUGACUUCUUUAUUGGAAGGAUUAAUUAGAGGCUAUCAAAAGAAGUGUUCCCAGUCACACAAUCAAGAAGAAUCAAAACAGCUACUGGCAAAAUUGAUUUCAACAAUUGACGAUGCUUUCAAAAGAAUCAUGAACGAAACAAAGCAAGCCACUCGAGGAGUCAUUUCUGUUUUAUUAGAUACGUGUUUAAAAUUUGCUACUGAACUGGAUGCUAGUAAAUGUGUUGAUAAACUGUAUGAUGUCUCUAACAGGAGCGGGCUGCAUAGUCUGGGUGCUUUAGUACUGGAGAACAGUUUGAUUAGUUCGGGAAAUCAUCCUAAUGAGAGAGAGAAGACCACUUGGGUGUACGUUGCAAGGCUAUACAGGUCUCUCGGGUUCAGCGAAAUUGUGCAAGGUAUUUUUAAAGAGAAGCUGGCCAGUGAUGAUGUACGAAAAGCUUUGGAAUAUGAAGCUGCUGGUGAAUUGAUAAAUGCUUCCAAAACAUAUUCUAGUAUAGCCGUGGAAAUGCAUUUGGGGACAGACGAUGAGAAUGAGCAGAGGGACUUUAUUUACGAGGCUUAUUUCAAUUGUAUGGCUCGUAUGGCUGAUUGGAAUGGCUUGAAAAAGGCGCUGCUUAAUGUGAGUGAAUUGGAUGAGAUGUGGAAUGAUAACUGGUCCAAAGAAAACUUGCUUCCUUGGAUGUUCAAGUCGGAGUUGAACGAGGCUUUAAGUUCUAAAACGAAAGAUAUUGAACCUUUCAUGUCGAAAGUGAAGCUUUGGUUGGGGGAUAGAGACAAAUCUGAUUAUAUCAAAACAAACAUAGGUGAGGAGCUUUGCAUGCUGCAUCUUGUCAAUAAAUCAUUCGAUAGGGCUUCGGAAGUGUCUGAUAAUAACCGUAAAUUUUUUUUGGAAGAUUGGAUGCACCUACCAGCUUUGUCUCACAAUUUGAUGAUGGAUAAAUGUUUGAAACUACAGCGACUUAUGGAUAUUGAGUCGACGUUGGCUGUCUUGAAAGCUUCCAGAUUGAAAACUGCGGACUGGUUUCCCAGCUGUAUCGAUUUGCUACAGAAAUGGGACUUGAAUCCUCCGCUAAAAACCGAUUCACUGUCUCACUGGGAGCUACGAACCAAAUACAGGGCACAUUUUUGUAGAGCUGUUUUGAAAAAAUGGGGAAACUCUGAGAUAAUAUCCAACUAUGAAAGUAACUUUUAUUUGUCGCUGCUAGACUUGGCACUCGAACAUGAGAAUGUGUAUGUGGCCAAAACUGUGCUAGGAAAAGGUAAUAAGAAAAAGCCUAUGUGGAUAGCUGGCAAAAGUCGGGCGGAACUGUUGCUGGCUCGAAAGUAUGACGAUAAAUCAGCAAUCAAGCUAGAAAAAAUUGUUUCUUCCUGGAAGAUAAUCGACGAUUUGAGCCAAUCGCCCGAAAUCGACCUACAAGUAAAGCUAGUCUCACAAAAGCAUGUGACAGAAAUUUGUACUAUCCUUCGUUCUGUUGUUUCCAAAGAUACUGGUGUGUUCGAAAGUAAAUUGAGGGAGCUACAAUCGUCUAAUGAUUGGCUUAAAAAUAAAUUUCCUCAAACAGAUAUUUAUGAUGGUGAUAGAUUACUAGAGCAACUGUAUGAAACAGGGCUAGAAUCUUUGAAAGCAGCUGUUCAAAUCGCUAAUGAAAUUGUUGGAGUCAACUCGAAAGCAGAUCUGGCUGAAACUUAUCUCACGCUUGCAAAGUAUUGUCUACAACAACAAGCUAAUAGUAGUGUGAUUGUUGAAUCGAAAAUUAUUGAAAGCUUGUUGCGGGCUAUGAAGCUAGGUUCGAAAGAAGCUCAGCAGUUGUUUCCGAUAAUUUUAUCUCUUCCUAGUCUAGCUGAGACGCAUUCCGAUGUGUUCAUUGAUGAAAGUAAACAAGUGCCUGCUUGGAUGUUUCUGUUGUGGGUAAACCAAAUGCUGGCUCGGGUUGAUACUGAAAUAGGCCGCACACUGGAACCAGUUCUGCUGAGACUCGCCACUGAGUACCCCUCGGCACUCACCUUCCCUCUUGAUAUCAGCAUAUCGGAGAACACGUCACGUUCUGCUAGAGACAUCUUCGAAAAGUUGAAAUCCGUUGCUUUAUUAGACAACGAGACUUCGAACUUUGUUGAAGCUAUCAAGUUUGUUAUACUGCCUGGCACACUUUUGCUCAAUUAUGUAAGGAAUAUUGAAAUGUCUAUCUUAUGUAAGGAAUCUGAGGAAAAUGUUGUUGCAAGAUGGAACGAACUUCAAGAAUUAGUGGAUAAAUUAUUCCCUAACUCACCAGCAGUAGCUGACAAUUUCAGAGGUUCGUUGUAUAUUUCAUUUGAAAAAAAUAACAAAGAAUUAGAAAGUUAUUUGAGAGAAUCGUUAAACAAGCGGCCGAAAAGAGUUGAUGAUGAUUCAUACAAACUAUUCCGUAGAACCAGCUUGUAUUGUAAAUCGUUAGAACUAGAAAUAGAUAACAGGUUGCACUCGUUUUCUAAGUGGUUUGACUUUUACCAGUCGUUACCUCAAAGGAUUGAGAUACCAGGACAGUUAUCGGGUGAAAGUAUGCCAAUAUCUGAUAAGAUUGUGAAAAUUUCGAAAUUUUCCAAAAGGGUAUCAGUGAUGAGCUCAAUUAGGAAGCCUGUGAAAAUUUCUGUUAUUGGAAGUGAUGGAUUAGAGCAUGGAUUCUUGGUUAAACAAGGCGAGGACCUCAGACAGGAUCAGAGGAUCAUGCAGGCGUUCAGACAAAUGGACACUUUCCUCACGCUAGAUAAUGUCAAUUCACCUGUCAUGAAGUACUCCCUGAAAACCUACAAUGUAAUUCCAUUUACGACCAACCUUGGUUUACUUUCUUGGGUUGAUGGGUCAAUGAGCCUUGAAGAUUUCCUUUUAUCCUCUCUUGACGAACAAGAGAAAAAAGAUUAUGAAACUACCAUCAAAAACUACCUGAAUUGGCUGCCUUCUGGAGCCAGUCAAACGCAUCAGUAUCAACACCUCUACUGCCAAGUCACUCGGGAGCAAGCUGUUUCGAAUUUUAGGAAAAAUGUGCUGUCUUUGCCGCAGGAUAUUUUGAGACGCAGUGUGAUGGGCUUGUCACAAUCAGCGGAGGCGUGUCACUACCUGCGCACGCAGCUGGGCUGCAGCCUGGCAGCGAUGAGCGUCUGCCAUUGGCUGGUGGGCGUGGGCGACCGGCAUCUCUCUAAUGUGCUCGUGUGCCUUCCCACCAAUGGCGGUCAGCUGCAGCUGUGUGGCAUCGACUUUGGCUACGCCUUCGGCUCGGCCACUGAGGUGCUUGCCAUUCCCGAGCUGCUACCUUUCCGACUCACGCCCCAAAUGCUCAAUCUGUUCGAGCCCUUCCGCACCACUGGUUUAAUCAAAGAAAGUAUGUGCCGGUGCUUGGAGAUAUUGAGAAAACGGAAGUUGUUGAUUAUGGCUUCGAUUGAGGUGUUCAUUCAUGAGCCGCUGAUGGACUGGGCCCAACAAGCCAAAUACUUUGCUAUUCUCAAGGGUGUUGACAUAAGUGACACAGAUUAUGAAUAUUUACCUCGUGAUAAAAUUGAACGUGCCAGGAAGAAGUUGGAUGGAGCAAAUCCAGCAGUGGUGAUGGCCGAAGAUCUGAGCUCAGGCCAUCGUAGCAAACCUUACUACGUGUAUGUUUUGGCAAUGGUCAAUGGAGACAAAAGCAAUCUGAGGUCUUCUAAAUCCAAGCAUGGACUCACAGUCCGAGAACAAGUGGAGUGUCUCAUUGAUCUAGCUACUGAUGAACAUAUUCUCGGAAAAUCUUACGUUGGCUUGAAAGCUUGGUUCUGAAAGCGUAAAGUGCCUUUGUUACGAAUAAUAACUACUUUAUCAGGCUGUAAACAAUUGUUUAUAGUCUAAUGUGAUGUUUGAACUCUAUUAAGCUGCAAAUAACUCAGAGUUGUUUAUGUGAUAUUUUGUUAAAUUUUCUAAAAAUGUGUGGUUAUGGGGAAUACUCUAAUUCUAUAAUAUUCUUCAUCUU